ACGUUUUGUUUUGUUCAUGCAGGCACAUUUCAAUUUCAACCAAACUUGAGUAAAAUUAUUAAAUCCUACGGAGUAUAAAAUAAAUAUUAACCUGAGCCGGUGACCUACAUUAAAUUUUACACAGUGAAUGCUUGAAGUGCAAAAUGGUCCGGACAGUAUAUUCCCCGGAAUAUUGCUUGCAAUACUUGGAACAAUAUGCUUCCAAAGAAACUUUUGUAAUUGGAUUGAUUUUGGGUCAAUCUACCAGUGCACGAGAAAAUGUAAUUCACUUAGCUAGAACACCUGAAGAAAAAGGCACUGACAGUGCAUCCGAAGCCAGUUUCGUUUCUGAUAAGGCUGAUUCAGCAAAAUCAUUAUUGAGUGUCUCAGAGGUUUGGGUGGCAGAUCAUGCUAAACAUGUUACCAGAAUGCUGCCCGGAGGCAUGUUCGUUCAAGGUAUCUUCGUGACAAGUGACGAAGACAUUUUUGAUGACCCUAAUCACUUCAGCAAAGUCAAAGCCAUACUCAACUACGUGUACAAAGCUUUGAACGUAAACCAGUACAUGUAUGGAAACUGUCCGUACUCUAGUGAGAGACUAGUGCUGCACAUGUCAACAAACACAAAAGUCCUCACAUGUAAGUCUGUUGAAGUUGGUGCUGCGAACAAAACUGGUUUCAUGAAGCCUGUGGAAUGGAAGUUUGUGCCGAAAGCACAGCAGUGGCAACGGUUAGACUGUUACUAUGAAUUUGAUGAAGUAUAUCCUGUCAUUGUAAAGAAAAGUGGUAUCUCUGUGAAACAUCAAUUUCAGCAAAUUUUGGAGUCCGCACACAAAACAAUAGAAUCAAGUGUGAUGUUCAUUGAUGGAGAAUUGAAAGAUGGAUCUGAGGCCCUGGAGCAAUUGAUCAAAAAGAAAAAACCUAAAAAUGCUAAACCAUCUCAACAGGAAGUGCCUAAAUCCAUGCAUGUAUCUUUGUUUGUGCCCUUUGAAAACUCUUUACCAGAGUCAGUUGAAUAUUUAGAAUGUGAUGGAAGUAUACAUUUUAGUGGUGUUGUAUCGUCUAGUGUCUUCAUGUGCCCAAAGGCCACCAUAAGUGAAGCGAUCACAGCAGUCAAGCAAGACAUAAUAAGGUCUCUAGCCUCUCGUUUCACAAUGCAUUGUGAUGCUUUAAUUGAUGAUAAUUUGUUGCCAGAAGAAAAGGUAUGUUUCAACGAGCCUCCUCGCCGAGUUCUAGUUCCAGUCGGUUCACUCUAUCUGUGUGACUACCUGUUCCCCGGGGAAGCUCCAGCAGAGGCCCUGCUGUCUGUACGAGAACUCCUGGACCUGCAGAUCACAGAAGCUGAUGUUGUUUGUGACGUCGAAACACCUGCUGAUACGUCCGAAUUCGACGCAUUGGACAGAGACGCCAGUUCCGAAGAGUUGCUGGCUACACCGCAAGAAGCGAGUCAGUUUAUGUAUAUCACGGGAAUUUGUUUCGCUAUGCUCGUUUUAGUUGUAUCUAUCCUAAUUCACUAUUACGACAGUAUUGCUGAAGUCAUCGGAAAGUUGUUAUCUAGGUCCUAGAUCUUGGAAUAUUUGAUUUAUGGUAUGGAAAAGCGACAUUGUAUAAGAGUGCAGAAUUAUUAAUGAUUUCAUGUUAUUUAUGUAGAAGGUAUAGUCAUUGCAUCUCAAGAUAAGUAAAAUAAUAAUUAUUGGAUACGGGCUUUUCGUUAGCAAGAAAUACAUAAUAAUUAUCUUGAUAUAAUAUGACGAAUUAAAUCCUGCAUUUAAUUGAGUUAUAGAAAGCUUUGCCAUGUUUUCCUUGAUUACUUAUUAAUUUUUCCUUAACAGCUUGCGACAUUCCUAAAUGUAAAAGUGGGCCAUAUGCACCCAAAUUU